AUGUGUGCGUGUGAGACCAUUAAGUUAAGAUUUCGUACGUUUUUAAAUCCGUCAGCGAAUCAGUUUUAUACAAUAAAGAGUGCGGAGCACUCUCUUCUCCCUUUACUGGAGAUGGCAAGAUGAAUUUUUUAUGGGCGAUCAUAGUUUAGCAUAAGUAUCGCGAGAAGGCAUUAAUGGGAGAUUAAAAAGCUUUUCCAUUACAAUGACGUUUAAAAACUCAUUUACCCCCGGCCUACACUCCCCUCCGCCCGUCCUCGGUUCGACCACCCCCUCAUCCCCUUCGUAUCGAUUGCAGCACGGUGCCUGUAGCUGCUCUCCUUUAAAAUACACGAACAUCGACAUGGCCCCGCAUCUGAGCCUACCUCACGAGCUACCCUACAGCGGUAAUCCGGUUCUUGCAUUGGCCUAUUGCUACCUAAUCCAAGGCAAAUGUCUCACUGUCCGAAACGAUCUGCCGUUCGAGAUGCAGUACGUUUGCGAAGUGGACUGCAAGCCUGUAUGCCUUCAACCGUGCCAGCCCUGUCCACCUUGUACUCCGUGCGAUGUGAAGAUAUGUGCACCUCCUAAUUGUUCCUGUUGUCCUCCGUGUACUCAACCUUGUGACCCGUAUUGCCCUCCGGUUUGCCCGCCUGCUCCUUGUGCUCCUUGUCCACCGUGUGGGGGAGAAACCGUGACCCUUGUUCAACCGGUAUGCAGACCGAACGUGCCGAAAGGGGUGUGCAAUUAAAGAUGAUAUUUCGUAAGGAUAUUUUGUAAUAAAGUUUUCAAAAUUUA